CUAGAGCACAUCACUAGUGUAGAAAAGAUGGCGGCCACCUGUCAAAUUGAUGUGUUAGAAAAGAGAAUUGAGAGUCUAGAAGCUCUCGUUUUCGGCAACGCUGAUAAAGAUGCGUUGUACCCAAAGGAUUCCAGCCUAGGUCCACAGUGUAUAGACAAUUUGUCCAACAUCCAGAGCAAGGUGUUUGCUGCUACAGCAGGCAGGAAGAAGAUACCCAAAGCGUAUGAACGAUUGUCUGACCUCCGGAGCUACCUCGACCCUUCCUAUACCGAGGAGCUGACCACGUCGGAUGACACCAAGGCUGAAAUCAUCCUUGCAGAGGCGGACUUCCUUCGUGAGCAGGCAGCUCGACUGGAGAAGAUGCAGAGCAUGGAGGAGCUGUUUGACAGUGAACAUAUAAAGGCUGCCCCCAAACUGGCAGGGAAACUGCACGAGCUCAGUCAGCUGCAGAUCAAACAACAGGACCAAGCCUCCCAGUUUAAUGAUGAAGCCAGAUCCUGUUUAGAAGCCUACAACUCAAUUGUAACAUUGUUAUCGAAGCAGUUUAUCCAGUGGGAUGAAAUUCUAACGAAAGCAGAGAUAGCUGCCAAGCCAAGGAAGUCCAUGGACUGAUGAGGACCAAACAGCAACACCCUGGCUUCCUGUGCAAUCUGAAUAGUCUCCUAAUUUAUUCUCAGCCAUUUCUUCACAUCACUUUAGUAAACAGAUUUAGGUGAAUGUUUUUAAAACCUUUUUGCUUACUUUAUGAAAUGUGAAUUCUUAUUGUCAUUUCUAAUUUUGUUUCUUUUUGAAGGGGGGCGGUAGGGUAGCCUAGUGGUUAAAGCGUUCGCUUGUUACGACAAAGAUCCGGGUUCGUUUCCUGACAUGGGUACAAUGUGUGAAGCCCAUUUCUGGUGCCCCCCCCCCCCCCCCCCCACUGCUGUGAUAUUGCUGGAAUAUUGCUAAAAGCAGCGUAAAACCAUACUCACUCACUCACUCACUCACUCUUUUUGAAACAUUUGUUGAUAACAAAUAGGACAAAUAUGCGGAGAAGGUAUCAUUUUGUUAAAGUUAUUGUAGAUGCUGUGUACAUUCUCUGUAUUUUUAACUGGCAUUGUUGAUGCUUUGUUGUCAUCUCUUGUAAAUAUCGCUAUGCAUAUAUAUCAUUAAAAUAUUGUCAUGA